AAGACAUGCAUCAUACGCACGUCGCUCAUUUACAGUUGUGUACGUUGUAGAGAAAAGUGAGGUUAUAUGUACAAAAAGAAACACGCUGAGGAUUAGUUUAGAGGCUUAAUUAGACGAAAGACUAAGAAACGGACGGAAAGAGAAGUAUCAGGAAGUUAGAUAACUUUUUUUCAGAGUCAAUUCUAAUUUUUCUCGAGAAAUGGAUGACGAAGCUGAAACGUACAAAUUGUGGCGAAUAAGGAAAACAGUAAUGCAACUGUGUCACGAUCGAGGUUACUUGGUUACCCAAGAUGAACUGGAUCAAACUUUGGAGCAAUUCAAGGAACAAUUCGGUGACAAACCGAGUGAAAAAAGGCCAGCUCGUAGCGAUCUCAUAGUUUUAGUUGCCCAUAAUGACGAUCCGACAGAUCAGCUUUUCGUGUUCUUCCCAGACGAGCCAAAGAUUGGCAUUAAAACCAUUAAAACAUACUGUCAGCGUAUGCAAGAAGAGAAAAUCCAUAGAGCUAUUAUUGUUGUACAACAAGGAAUGACGCCAUCAGCUAAACAAUCAUUGGUGGAUAUGGCACCAAAAUACAUAUUGGAACAAUUUUUAGAAUCUGAGUUGCUCAUUAAUAUCACAGAGCACGAAUUGGUACCUGAGCACAUUGUACUCACACCAGACGAGAAGGAGGAAUUACUCACCAGAUAUAAACUAAAAGAAAAUCAAUUAAUGCGUAUACAGGCUGGUGACCCAGUGGCACGUUACUUUGGUUUAAAGCGUGGACAAGUUGUAAAAAUUAUUAGGCCUUCCGAGACUGCUGGUAGAUACAUUUCAUAUAGACUUGUGUGUUGACUCAGUGUUUUUAUGUUGAUAGACAAAUUAUAUAGUCUAACUUUCUAAAUUAAAGACAAGUUAGACUACAUAAUUUUUAUAAUUAUUGUGUAAGAUAAAGAGAAAAUAUAAAGUAUCAUUAUACUUUAAAAAUAAAA